GCUCACCGCGUGUCCUGCUGCCAGCAGCAUGGAGGUGCCCGCCAGGAGCCCGGAUGGCAGCGAGCAGUGUCCCCAGGGCAGGGAGCUGAUGGCCAGCAGCACGGGCAGCACGCUGUGCAUGAGCUCCUCCCGCAGCGAGUCCGUGUGGACCGGCAGCACCCCCAGGAGCAGGUGGGACAUUUACCGCAAACCCCUGGUGGUGGUGGCCGUGGGAGUCGCCAUCUUCCUCUUCGGGGUGGUCAUCACCAGCCUGGCCUGCUUCCUCAAGGAGCACAAGAAGGUUUACAAGAUGUCUGGCCCGGCUUUCCUGUCCCUGGGACUGAUGCUCCUGGUGUGCGGCCUGGUGUGGAUCCCCAUCAUCCGCAAGAAGCAGAAGCAGAGGCAGAAGUCCCAGUUCCUGCAGAGCCUCAAGUCCUUCUUCUUCAACCGCUGAGGGCAGCCAGGAGCUCCUCCAGGGGGUUCCCUGCCCUCCUCCAGCCCGUGUUGGUCAGCCUUGAGAACAAACACUUUCUUGUACUCCCCAGAGGAUUUCACCCCCGUCAGCGGCUUCCCUCCAGUGUGAAAAUGAACUUUCUACUUCAUCUAAGUCAUCCCAGGGAAAAAGGAGCAGGAGUUUCAGGCUGAGCCCAGCAAGGCAGGUCCAAGGUCUCUGCAUCACCCCCCUGUCCAAAGAGUGACCCAAGAACACAAAGUGGGUAAAGCACAGCCCCAGAGGAGCCUGGGCUGAAACAAAACCCCAGAGGAACCCAGAUCCCCCGGGAGGUUCUGCAGGAUCCACCAGCAGAGGGGAGAGGGGCCACAAUUCCUUCCAGCUCCCUGAUUUGCCAGAGAGGCUGGAGGGUCUGCACAGCAGCAGGAGACACAGCAGAGGCAGAGGGAC